AUGUUGCGCAACACUAUGCGCCAGUGCUCGCGGAAGCUGCAGAGCUAUCCAGCGAGGAGCCUAUCCACAUUGGCUGCAGCGCCCUCGAGAACAGCCAUCACCAGCUGUCGCAGGCCACUUGCGCUUGCACCGCGCCGCCACUAUGCCAUUGCUGCCGAGGACACCAACAAAGGCGUUGACCCCAACGACUCCUUCUUGCAGGGCAACACUGCCAACUAUGUCGAUGCCAUGUACAUGCAGUGGAAGCACGACCCCUCCAGCGUGCACAUCUCAUGGCAGGUCUACUUCCGAAACAUGGAGUCGGGCGACAUGCCCGUCUCCCAAGCCUUCCAACCGCCGCCGACCAUCGUUCCCACCCCAGAGGGCGGUGCCCCCGACUUCAAGCCAGGCAUGGGCAUGGCCUCAGCCGAGGGAUCCGAUGUCAUGAACCAUCUCAAGGUCCAGCUGCUUGUGCGCGCCUACCAGGCCCGCGGCCACCACAAAGCAAAAAUCGAUCCGUUGGGCAUCCGCUCAGAGGCGGAGCAGUUCGGAUACAGCAAGCCGCGCGAGCUUGAGCUCUCCCACUACAACUUCACUGAGAAGGAUCUGGACCAUGAAAUUGAGCUCGGCCCAGGCAUCUUGCCUCGCUUCAAGACGGAGAGCCGUAAGAAGAUGACGCUGAGGGAAAUCAUUGAUGCCUGUGAGCGGCUGUACUGUGGCUCCUAUGGAAUCGAGUACAUCCACAUUCCGGACAGGGAGCAAUGCGACUGGCUCCGUGAGCGCAUCGAGGUCCCCACGCCUUUCAAGUACUCGGUCGACGAGAAGCGCCGCAUCCUGGAUCGUCUCAUCUGGGGUACCAACUUUGAGGCCUUCUUGGCCACCAAAUAUCCCAACGACAAGCGCUUCGGUCUCGAGGGGGGAGAAAGUUUGAUUCCUGGUAUGAAGGCUCUAAUUGACCGCAGUGUCGAUUACGGCGUCAAGGAUAUUGUCAUUGGCAUGCCCCAUCGUGGACGUCUCAAUGUGCUCUCCAACGUCGUUAGGAAACCCAACGAGUCCAUCUUCAGCGAAUUUGCCGGAACCGCUGAGGCGGGAGAUGAGGGCUCUGGUGAUGUCAAGUAUCACUUGGGUAUGAACUUCGAGCGACCUACACCUUCUGGCAAGCGUGUGCAGCUCUCCCUGGUCGCCAACCCCUCUCAUCUUGAAGCCGAGGACCCCGUGGUGCUUGGAAAGACCCGCGCUAUCCUGCACUACAACAACGAUGAAAAGGAAGCUGUCAGUGCUAUGGGCGUUUUGCUCCACGGUGACGCAGCUUUCGCUGGCCAGGGCAUUGUGUACGAGACCAUGGGCUUCCACCAGCUUCCCCAAUACCACACUGGCGGAACGAUUCACAUCAUCGUCAACAACCAGAUUGGUUUCACCACUGACCCCAGAUUCUCUCGUUCGACGCCUUACUGUUCCGAUAUCGCCAAGGCUAUUGAUGCACCCGUCUUCCACGUGAAUGGUGAUGAUGUUGAGGCUCUCAACUUUGUCUGCCAGCUUGCUGCCGAUUUCCGUGCCCAAUUUAAAAAGGACGUGGUUAUUGACAUGGUUUGCUAUCGUAAGCAGGGACACAAUGAGACGGAUCAACCCUUCUUCACCCAGCCCCUGAUGUACAAGAAGAUCGCACAACAACCGCAGACCCUGGACAUUUACACCCAGAAGCUCCUCGAGGAGAAGACCUUUACCAAGGAGGAUAUCGAUGAGCACAAGGCCUGGGUAUGGGGCAUGCUCGACGAAAGCUUCAACCGCAGCAAGGACUACACACCUACCGCAAAGGAAUGGCUCACAUCAGCAUGGAAUGGUUUCAAGUCGCCCAAGGAGCUUGCCACUGAAGUUUUACCGCAUUUACCAACCGCAAUCGAGGAGUCGCAACUGAAGCACAUCGCCGAGAAAAUUGGGAGUGCGCCAGAGGGCUUCAAUGUGCACAAGAACCUGAAGCGUAUUUUGGCUGGCCGCACCAAGACUGUUGUGGAAGGCCAGAACAUCGAUAUGGCUACCGCGGAAGCAUUGGCUUUUGGAUCUCUCUGUAUGGAGGGCCACCACGUUCGUGUGUCCGGCCAAGAUGUCGAGCGGGGAACUUUCUCACAACGUCACGCUGUUCUCCACGACCAGGAGAAUGAGCAAACGUACACCCCACUGCAAAAUCUCACUGAAGAUCAAGCGACCUUUACUAUUUCCAACUCGUCGCUCAGUGAAUAUGGCGUUCUCGGCUUUGAAUAUGGUUACUCCUUGUCUUCGCCCAACGCACUCGUCAUGUGGGAAGCCCAGUUUGGCGAUUUCGCCAACACUGCACAGGUCAUCAUUGAUCAGUUCAUUGCGUCUGGGGAAGUCAAAUGGCUUCAGCGAUCAGGUCUUGUUAUGAGCUUGCCUCACGGUUAUGACGGCCAGGGUCCAGAGCACUCGUCUGCACGUAUGGAGCGCUACCUACAGCUCGUCAACGAAGAUCCCCGUAUCUUCCCAUCUGCGGACAAGCUCGACCGUCAGCACCAGGACUGCAACAUUCAGAUUGCCUACACGACCAAGCCUUCGAACCUGUUCCAUCUCCUCCGUCGUCAGAUGAACCGUCAGUUCCGCAAACCUCUCAUUCUGUUCUUCUCCAAGUCCCUACUUCGUCACCCUAUCGCGCGUUCCAACCUUGAGGAGUUCACUGGCGAUUCGCACUUCCAAUGGAUCAUUGAAGACCCAGCGCAUGCGAGCGGCGAGAUUGAGUCGCAUGAGGGUAUCAACCGUGUUAUCCUCUGUACCGGUCAGGUAUAUGCUGCGCUUGUCAAGGAGCGUGAGGCUCGUGGACUCAAGGACGUUGCCAUUACCCGGCUUGAGCAGCUCAACCCCUUCCCAUGGCAACAGCUGAAGGAGAACCUCGACUCGUACCCCAACGCACAAAACAUCAUCUGGUGUCAAGAAGAGCCUCUCAAUGCGGGUGCCUGGAGUUUCACGCAGCCAAGAAUUGAGACUCUACUGAACGAGACCGAGUACCACAACAGGAGGCACGUCAUGUUUGCAGGACGCAACCCCAGCGCAUCGGUCGCCACUGGUUUGAAGAACUCGCACAAGAAGGAGGAGAAAGAUCUGCUCGAGAUGGCUUUCUCCGUCAAGCAGGAUAAGCUCAAGGGCGAGUAA